GCACAGCAAAUAGCAGCUGUGGUGGUGCUCGCGGUCGCAUUUACCAGUAGCCCGGCGUUCAUAUCCAAGUAUACCAUCUUUUACCCAGUGAUGAUCUCGAAGUUCUAUGCGGCGCGAUUCGACUUCGAGUAGCUUCGCUGGCAUUAACCCGGUUAUCUUCGUUCUUCCUUUAUCUCAUGACUGGCCAUGUGGUGUGUGUUAUCAAUGUGCUGUAUAUUCACCGAGCUCACGCUAUUCCAAUGAAUACCCGUCUUUGUUCAUUGUUCCUGCAUUUGACCCUCCACGUAAGUACCACUGCUGUAUCGGUCGUAUUCGGCUAUACAGCGUCGCGCGGGUAUCUUUUAGUUAUUGAUAUCUACGAUUGCUUGUCCAAUUCCGCAAUAAUUUACUUGGCAGUAAGAGACUCGUCACGAUCACGAUGGAAAUAUCAAUGACAGAUUGGCAUCGGAUGUAUAUUCACGCAUGAAAUCACAGGCUUACUCUGCAGGAGAGACUUGGGAGAGACGUUGGUCAGUACUAUGAGAUCCAGGAAGCAGAGUUGCGCACCGACUAGGACAACUUUAUCCCACAAGUUGGCCUCUUCUACCUUGUAGAGGCAGCAAGAAACAAAUCUACGCAUCUCUGUGAACGCCGUGGCAGAAUACGAGGCUCUUCGGGGAGGGUGCGUACCCGAGAUUGGUAAAAAUGAAUCACCGUGGCUUUCUCAUGGGGAUUCAUUUUACCAACACGGGUGCGCUAGCAAAUGCACAAGACAUACCUGAGAUCUGAGUUAAUCUGUUACAUCGCAUGUUUCGCAGACGAUGUCGCAGGUCAACUUGGUGCACGCGCCAUUUUCGUCGUAUUCGUGCAUGGGUCUUGUGAGAUCAACCUUUGGAUUGUAAGCACGAGGGAAAUACUCACUGGGUCUCUUUGACCAGGUCAUU